GAAAAACGUGUUUGAGGAAAAGUAAAGUGACACGGCUAUGCGCCGCGGUUGCACAUGUGUACAGUAGGAAGAUGGCGUCGGUGUUACAAGAACCAGAGGUCCAGUUCGCACAAAGAUUAGCUUCAAACGAGAAGUCCGUCCGAACCAAGGCCAUAAAAAAACUGCGAAAGUACCUCAGCGUUCGUUCGCAGAAGCCAGAAGGUGGGUUCACCAUUGAUGAGUUGCUGAAGAUAUGGAAGGGACUUUUCUACUGUCUGUGGAUGCAGGACAAGCCGAUCCAACAAGAAGAGCUGUCGACUCAGAUAUCCGGCUUGAUCCACUGGUUGCAAAACGUUGACACCCAGUUUUUGUUUAUGGAAAGUUUCCUGAUGACAAUCAACAGAGAGUGGAAUGGUAUUGACCGGCUUCGCAUGGACAAGUUCUACUCUUUGGUGCGCUUUGUGUUCAGGGAGACGUUUGAGAUGAUGAAGAGGAGAAACUGGGACACUGGUCUGAUUGGGAGGUUCGUGGAGCUCCUGUCAGAGCAGGUUUUGCGCAGCACCAGCGACGCCCCUAAAGGAGUGCAGUUCCACAUUCUAGACAUCUACAUGACCGAGCUGGCGCGGGUGGGGUCAGCCCAGCUGACGGCUGAGCAGAACCUGACGUUCAUUGAACCGUUCUGCAGAACAGCAGCAAAGACGAAAGAUCGCGUCCUGGUAGACGCCAUAUGCAGCAACAUAUUCCAUGAGAUUGUUGACCACGCCCCCUUCGCCAUUGAGGACCUCAUGCGGGAGGUGCGGAGGGGAGGCGGGGCUGAGCCUGAAUCGGACGAGGAGGCGGAGCAAGACGAGGAAACUGCAGGCGGGGCUGUCAAAAACAGACCUAAGAAAGCCAGAGGGAAACGGGUCAAUGGAGUUACGACAACUGAGGAUGAAGAAGUAGAAGAUGAUGAUGAUGAGGAGGAGGAGUUGCUGGAGGAGGAAGAUGAGUUACCAGAUUGGGGGGAGGAAUCUGAUGUUCCCCUGGAUGAUGAGGGAAUAGGACCAGUACUGCAGUUUGACUAUGAGGCCCUGGCUGAAAGGCUGUUUGAAUUGGCCAGCCGCAGCAACACACCCUCCUUCAACAGGAAGAAGCUAUACAAGUUGGUCAAAACGUUCCGCAAUCUCAGUAAAGGCCUGUUCCCUCAAGAUGAUUUCCCCGCGGAGGUCUCGACCGACGAAGACGAUGACGAGAUGUUCGGCAGCCGGAGGAAGAUGAGGAAAAGGAGGAGGAACAGGGAGGAUGAGCCCAAGGAAGAGGCCGGUGAAGAGGGGGGCUCUGCGGUGAAGAAGCGCAAAGUCAAGAGGGACAAUGAGAAACCCAGCAAGUCCAAACAGGGCCGCACAACUGGACCGGCAGAUUCCACUGCUGGGCCUGCAGGAACUCCUAGUGAUGGAGCUGGUGCCAAGAAAAAGAAGAAAAGGAGGAAGAAGAAGAAGAAGACCGUGAGGGUGGAAGGGGAGAACGUACCUGCAGAGGAGGUCCCUGAGAAACAUCCCACUGCGCAGUUGGACACUGGUACCGAGCAGUCCCCUAUGGUGGUAGAAUCCACAGACAGUGGGGUGAAGCCCACCCUGCCAGCAGAGGCUCAGGACCAGUCUCAAACGGGCACAGAGACUCAGAACCACUCAGAGGGGGCUGUAGCUGACGUGCAGGCUGAGAGCCAAUCAGAAACUCUUUCCACAGAUGGUGUUUCCCCUGAGAAGAAGAAGAAUAAGAAGAGGAAGAAGAAGCAGAAGGUGCCCACACAAGAAAUGGAGGUGUCAGAAACUGAGGCAGAAGGGCUGAGCACUAGCGCGGCAGUACCAGGAGGAGAAGAGAGCAAAUCCGCUCCAGCGGAGGAAGAGGAGGCAACCCUGGAUGAAGCAGAGGCCGCGCCCCGUCCCCUGGGGGCCAAAAAGAAGGCCAAAAGGAAGAACAAGAAAACGUUGGAGCAAACUGAGGAGCCCGCCGUGACCGAGGAGCCGACGCAGCCAGACACGGGGAGUGACUGCGCAGACGCGGGGAGUGACUGUGCAGACGCGGACUGCGUGGGCACGAGCUGCGCAGACGAGCAGCCGAGCCGCGGCGUUCCCGCUGUGCAGCUGAAGAAGGGGAAGAGGAAGAAGAAGGUGACUGCAACCCAGGAGGAAGAGGCAACGGGCGAGAAGGCAACCCAUGUCAAUGGACACACGGCGGAGGUGGAGGCGAUGGGCAAGAAGGCCAAACAGAGCUGCGAGAGUGAGGCCACGCCGACUGAGGAAAGCGAAUCCACACCAACCGAGACCAAGAAACGGCAGAAGAAGAGGAAGGCAAAGGUCUUGUCCGGGGCAGCCUCUGAUUUCGUAAAGUUCCAGAGCCCCGUCGUCCCCUCACCCCUGUUCUGCAGGCAAGCCAGAGGGAGCCCCAGCACACCCGUGUCCCGAAAACAGUUGAGCCUGACUCCAUCAUCUGAAUCAAAGAAAGUCACCUUUGGGCUUAAGAACAACCAGACCGCAGAGUUCAGAAAGACUGACCGGAGUCUGAUGGUGAGUCCGGACGGUUCCUCCCGAGUGCCCUUUGACCCUGAGCAGAAACCACUUUUCGGGGUGCUGAAGUCCCCUGCUGCUAUAAAACCCCUGACGACAAACGGCAAAAACAACAAUAGUGCCACCAAGGGACGGCCCACAGCAGCAGAUUUCUUUUAGACCCGCACAUCCUUGCCCCCAAAAGACUUCUCAGUGGGACGGACCCUUUUAUUGUUCCUUCGUUUUCCUGUAUGUUUGGAAUCUUUCUCUCCUCAGCAGAGGCAAAGGAACAGACAUUUGAAGUUGUGAUCCCUGUUGUGGGGGGAGCAGAACAAAGAUAAGUAGUUUGGUAUACUAAUACAGCCCUUCUAUGUUUUUUGUGACCGAGCAUUUCAGUAAAAAUUAAUCUGACAAUGUU